UUUGCCGACGACGCGGCUGUUGUUAGCGGCCAAGAAAAAGAAAACCAAAUGCUCCUUAAUCGCUUUACAAUCUGGUGUCAGUGGGCUCAAAUGAUAAUACGUGUAGACAAAUGUUCAACAUUUGGCAUUAGGAAACAAGUAACCAAAUCCAUUCAAUAUCUCCCAAAACUAUUUAUAAAUAACUGUCUUGUACCUCGUGUUGAACUUGGUAAAUCGUUUCGCUACUUAGGUCGCUAUUUUGAUUUCAACAUGUCCGACGAAGAUCACAAAUCUGAGGUAUAUGACACACUUACUAAUAUCCUGAAUGAAAUUGAUGAUCUACCAUUACAUCCGAAAAACAAAAUUCUCUUAUACAGUCGUUAUGUGCUUUCCAAAAUCUCUUGGCACUUCACUGUUUCUGACAUAGGCAAAACCUGGGUUAACGAUAAACUAGAUAGUAUCGCGUCCAGGUAUAUCCGAAAAUGGCUUGAACUUCCUAUUUCUGCAACCCUUAGUAACGUCCUACUUCCCCACAAUAAAUUUGGAUUAAAUAUCAUUCUACCUUCAACCAAAUUCCUUCAAUGCCAAACUGUUUCUCGGAAAGCUCUAAAGUCGUCGCCAAAUGAAGCGAUCAAUAACCUUUGGAAGGAUACUAGCAAUCACAAAAAUGUACAAUAUGACAAAUACAAAAACACCAAGGACGUAUUAAACACCAUCAGGGAACAACAUGAAGACAAGCUUCAACACCACCUCAUUUCACAAGGCUCAUUUUUCUCCAAUAUCAUUAACCAUUCUACACUCUCAUUCAACUCUAUAUGGUCCUCCGUUCAGAGUAGACUUCCCAAGAAUAUAUUUAACUUCACUAUCCGGUAUAUAAAUAACACUCUUCCGACUCGCAAAAACCUUCUGAAAUGGGGAAUAUCACCAACAUCCGAAUGUUCGUUUUGUUUGAAUCCAGAAUCACUUCUUCACGUCGUCGCUGGAUGCAAGACCUACCUAAAUGAAGGACGUUUCACGUAG